AUGGUCCCCGCCCUGAGACUUUCUAAUCCACUCCCUAGGCUCCGGCUUCCUCGCUGGCAUCCACAUCUAGGACUGCGUCUGCGUUUCACGCACCCCCUCGGCCGUGUGCGCGCUUUCGCUGAGCGCCCCCGUACCAAGGGGAAGAGAAACAGAAGGAUGAUGGUGAUAGUAAACCGUUGGUGUACGGUUAUAUCAGGAGCAAGGGGGGCUGUAUGCAGGGGAGUCGAUGGAUGGGACGGUGGUGGUGGUGUCGAGGGGGGUGCGAAUGAGGAGUUUUAUGGGAGGAAGGGGAUCACGGUGAAGGAGAUUCCGAAAGGGGGUGUGCCUUGGCCGGAACGAGGGCGAGAUACGAAGGAUGGUAAAAAGGUUUGGUCGGAGGGGGUAAUGGGCUUGGUGGAGGCUUUGAGUGCGGCUGAUCAGCAGGGGAGGAGAAUAUGUGAUGGGGACCAUGAUGGUUCAAGCAGGAGAGUAAAGGGUGGUUAA